UUGGCGACUGACAAGACUCGCGUGACAACCGACUUCGAGGCCCCUCCCCCGCCAUCGAAGGAAAUCCAAGAUGUCCGUCACGUCUUCCGCCAGGCCGUUGCCGCUACCACCACGAGGAACAACUGGACGAGAGAGGAGAUAUCCGCCAUCUACUACCAGCCGCUGCUCGAACUCUCUUUCCAAGCUGGCUCCGUCCACCGUCGUUUCCACGAUCCGGCCGAAGUUCAGCUCUGCACUCUCAUGAACAUCAAGACUGGCGGAUGCACCGAAGACUGCUCCUACUGCGCACAAUCGACCCGAUACCAAAAGGGCACCGGCCUGGAAGCGAAGCGAGUCGAGUCGGUCGAGUCUGUCCUCGAGGCUGCCCGGAAGGCGAAGCAGAACGGCAGCACCAGAUUCUGCAUGGGUGCUGCGUGGCGCGACAUGCGCGGACGGAAGAACAGUCUGAAAAACAUCAAGGCCAUGAUCGAGGGCGUCCGUGGCAUGGGCAUGGAGGCCUGCGUGACGCUCGGCAUGAUCGACGACAAGCAGGCCAUUGAGCUCAAGGAGGCUGGACUGACGGCGUAUAACCACAAUGUCGACACAAGCCGCGAGUUCUACCCGUCCAUUAUUUCCACCCGGUCGUACGACGAGCGCUUGAAAACCCUGGACCACGUUCGUGAAGCUGGUCUGAACGUCUGCUCUGGAGGUAUCUUGGGCCUUGGUGAGAUGUCCAAGGACCGUAUCGGGCUUCUGCACACCGUCUCAACCCUUCCCGCACACCCCGAAAGCUUCCCCGUCAAUGCCCUCGUGCCCAUCAAGGGAACACCGCUGGGCGACCGCGAGCGUGUCAAGUUCACCACCAUCCUUCGAACGAUUGCCACCGCCCGGAUCGUCAUGCCCAGUACCAUCAUCCGUAUCGCUGCUGGUCGAACAACCAUGUCAGAGGAAGAGCAGGCGUUGUGCUUUAUGGCAGGUGCUAAUGCCAUCUUCACCGGCGAGAAGAUGUUGACGACCGAAUGCAACGGCUGGGACGAGGACAAGGCCAUGUUCGGGCGUUGGGGUCUCGAGCCCAUGAAGAGCUUUGAGAAGUCCCCCGUCAAGUCACUGACGUAA